AAUUGUUUUUCAUUUAAAGUAGGAAAAUAAAGGAGACAUCUAUAUAUGUUUUCCUUUUAUCUUGCUUUUGAUACUGUGGUCAAUGAUUCCAGCCCUGAUUGAGAAAAAAACCAACUUGUUACUGGGUUUUUCUACAUUGAGGUUCCGAAAAGGUGUGAUCUUGAUGAGGUUUUUGGGGUGUUCAGGCACAUAGAGAUGCAAUUCUGGAGAAACUCUUGAGAUGAAAAUCCCGGCUUUUUUCCACGGUCUGAGACUCUAUUGAAAUUCCUGAGAUCUCUGGACUGGGUUCUCUCCAAAAAAGGUGUGGUCUUGAUGGGAUUUCAAACUGGGGACAGGUAAAGGAAGGGGAAAGAGAAGGUAUGGUGAUGAUAAAUCUCAGGCAAGUUGAAGUUGAAGUUGAAGUUGAAGUUGGCUUCUUGAGUUCUUAUCCUCUUCAUGAGUUUUUCGGCCGUUUCAGAACUCUUUGGGAGGAUUCGAAGGUGGGCUCUUGUUAGGAUGGGUUGGAAGAGGAGUGCGGUCAAGAAAUGUGAGGCUUGCGGCAAGUGGAGGGCUAGAUUCAUGCUUCUCUGGGUGUUGAGUGGUGUUAUUGGAUCCAUUUGGUUUUCCUGUGGUUUGGUAGAGUAUGGCGUUUGGAAGAGAAGGGAGGGUGUGAUUAGAAAAAGCUCAUGGGAUGAGAAAGCUCAGGUCUUGGGAGAGCAGUUCAAUCUCAGCAUGGCCCAACUUCAGGCCCUGGCCUUUCUUUUAUCAUCCGCGGAUCAGAGAACACUAUCUGAAUGUAUAGUGAAUACAUUAUCUGAAAGGCGACUCGGUAAUGGCCUCUCUCAUGCUCUGAAUGUUCUGUUCUCCAAAGGGGAGAAUUCCCAACAUCAGCAAGCAUUGGUGAGAGAAAAGAUAGACCUUCAUGAGAAAUGUCCUAUUCCUGAUGUUGACGUGCUAGAGCAGACCAAGCACUCAUCGGUAGAACAAUGGGAAAUGCCAUUUGCUUUCUACAAAGAUUUUGUGCCAAAACCCAAGAAUUUCCUCAAUCAAGAGGGCAAUGAAAACAAACAGACAAGGGACAUGGCAUCUAGCAAGACUCUGCAUUAUGAGUGGUUUACAAAUCUUUUGUCAAAGAUAUUUUGGUGGAUUUUGGUAGGAAUGGUUGUUGGCUGUAAAGGUUUCGCUCUUUCUGGAGAAUUAUGGAAGAAACAAGAUCAGCAAGUUAAACAACCGUCACAAUUGCAAAAGCAGCAAUACCAGCCUCAAAAUUCUAAGGGUGGUGGAAGGUGGAGGAAGAAGCUGCUCUUUCUAGGAGUUGUUCUUGGAAUUUUGGUCUCCAUAUGGAUAUUUUUGAGCAUGAAUGCAAAUAUCAUCUCAAGGAGGAAGGAGACUCUAGAGAACAUGUGUGAUGAGAGAGCACGGAUGUUGCAAGAACAGUUCAAUGUGAGCAUGAACCACGUGAAUGCAUUGGCCAUUUUAGUCUCGACGUUUCACCAUGGCAAGAACCCUUCCGCCAUUGACCAGAAAACAUUUGCAGAGUUUACAGCAAGAACAGCGUUUGAAAGGCCAUUAAUGAGUGGUGUUGCCUAUGCUUUGAGAGUACCACACUCACAAAGGGAGCAAUUUGAAAAACAACAUGGAUGGAGGAUAAAGAAGAUGGAGACAGAGGAUCAGUCUCCUGUUCAGGAUGAAUACAUACCUGAAAAGCUUGACCCUUCACCUGUUCAAGAUGAAUAUGCACCAGUUAUAUUCUCACAGGAAACUGUGUCUCACAUCGUGUCUGUUGAUAUGAUGUCCGGGAAGGAAGAUCGUGAGAAUAUAUUGCGUGCAAGAGCGACAGGGAAGGGGGUUCUGACUUCCCCCUUUCCCCUUUUGAAAUCCAAUCAUAUUGGUGUGGUUCUUACUUUUGCGGUUUAUAAUGCUGAUCUUCCUGCUGAUGCUACACAAGAAAUGCGGAUUAAUGCAACUGAAGGGUAUCUUGGUGCAUCCUUUGAUGUGCCAUCUUUGGUGGAGAAGCUUCUUCAACAGCUUGCCAGCAAACAAAAGAUCAUCGUUAAUGUCUAUGACACAACCAACUCAUCAGGACCUAUUAGGAUGUAUGGUCCUACUUCUUCUAGUACUAGUGAGAUGCAUGUCAGCAAUUUGGACUUCGGAGAUCCCUUCCGGAGGCACGAAAUGCAUUGCAGAUUCAAGCAAGAGCCGCCACCACCUUGGUCAGCAAUAACGACAUCUCUUGGGGUUGCAGUGAUUGUCUUGCUUGUUGGUCAUAUAUUUCAUGCAGCCAUAAACCGAAUUGAAAAAGUUGAAGAUGAUUAUCGUGCAAUGAGAGAUCUAAAAGGUCGAGCUGAGGCUGCUGAUGUUGCAAAGUCCCGGUUUCUGGCCACAGUUUCACAUGAAAUCCGAACUCCGAUGAAUGGUGUCUUAGGAAUGUUACAGAUGCUGAUGGAUACCGAUCUGGAUGCGACUCAACUAGAUUAUGCAAUGACUGCACAAUCUAGUGGGAAAGUUCUUAUAUCUCUUAUUAAUGAGGUUCUCGACCAGGCUAAGAUAGAAUCAGGGAGACUUGAGCUAGAGGCUGUCCCUUUUGAUGUUCGUGGUGUUCUCGACAACGUGCUACCAAUUUUCUCUGAUAAGUCACAGCCCAAAGGCAUUGAGAUGGCCGUGUAUAUUUCAGAUCGGGUUCCAGAGGUUCUUAUUGGCGAUCCUGGGCGUUUCAGACAGAUCAUUACAAAUUUGGUUGGAAAUUCAGUAAAGUUUACAGAAGAAGGGCAUAUCUUUGUAUCAGUGCAUUUGGUGGAGGAAGUGAAGAAUUCAUCUGAUGUUAGCAACAAAGCUCUAAACCAAAUACCUGAGCUACUGAGGAGUGACACAGACGUAUCACGCAUGAGUCUUAGCGGGUUUCAAGUAGUUGACAGAUGGAAGAGCUGGGAAAACUUUAAAGCAUUCAAAUUUCCAAGUGAAGCUACCGAUGCGGUCAACUUGCUUGUGACAGUUGAGGACACUGGUGUAGGAAUUCCGGAAGAUGCUCAGGGCCGUAUAUUCAUGCCAUUCAUGCAAGCUGACAGUUCAACCUCCAGGACAUAUGGUGGUACCGGUAUAGGUUUAAGCAUAAGCAAAUGUUUGGUAGACCUGAUGGGUGGAGAGAUUGGGUUUGUGAGUCGCCCUGGCAUUGGAAGCACUUUUGCAUUCACUGCUGCUUUCCAAGAAGGAUCGAGGAGUUCAGUGGAUAUGAAGAGGCACCAACCUGAUUCAAUCACAUCAGAAUUCCGAGGAAUGAGAGGACUGGUUGUUGACAGAAGAUGCAUACGGGCCGAAGUUGCGAAAUAUCAUUUGCAAAGACUAGGGAUGCAUGUUGACAUCGCAAAUAAUGAAAAAGCAGCAAUUUCGUCCAUAAUAGAUAGUUGUAGGUCAAGUGGAUCAGGGCGUUUGGACAUGGUUUUGGUGGACAAAGAAGCUUGGGGUGAGGCGUCUGGUAUGGCAUUUCCUGACUCCUUGAUAGAGCUCAGACAAAAUGGUAGAUUAAAACAUCCUGAGCAUCUCCCGAAGAUGGUUUUGUUGGCAACUUCCAUGAGUUCAACUGAGGCUAAUGAGCUAAAGGCAGCCGGAUAUGUAGAUAGUAUAAUAAAACCACUUCGCCUUAAUAUGAUGUCUGCUUGCCUCCGAAAAGCUCUAGGUGUAGGUAACAAACAGCAAAAAGACAAAGAACAACUAACAAUCCUUCAAAGUUUGUUGAAUGGGAAGAAGAUAUUGGUUGUGGAUGAUAAUGUAGUCAACCGCAAGGUUGCCGAGGGUGCUUUGAAGAAAUACGGAGCUAUUGUAACAUGUGCUGACAGUGGCAAAGCUGCUUUGGAAUAUCUGAAGCCUCCGCAUGAGUUUGAUGCUUGCUUUAUGGAUGUGCAAAUGCCGGAGAUGGAUGGCUUUGAAGCAACAAGAAAAAUCCGCAACAUGGAAAAUGAUGUCAAUGACUUGAUUAAGUCUGGCAGGGCAUCAGCCGAGAAGUUUGGAAAUGUAGCUCAUUGGCACAUACCCAUAUUGGCCAUGACAGCAGAUGUUUUUCAAGCGACACAUGACGAAUGUGUUCGGUGCGGCAUGGAUGAUUUCGUCUCCAAACCAUUUGAGGAAGAACAGCUCUACUCAGCUGUAGCUUAUUUCUUCGAGCCCGAUUCUGAACAAGCCGACCCAAAUUUGUAGAAAGCUAACGUUUGCCUUAAAUGGAUUGUUUGACUGACUGAAUCAGGUGCAAGGCUAUAUGACCAAGCGUGCCGAAAGACAAGCUUCAGAGUGGGUUCCUAAGUUCUAAAUUCUACUUAUAGAACUGCCCUCUUAACAGGUUGUUAGCAUUGCAGUUGCAGAUGGUCUUGAAUCCAGAAACCAGACAAUUCCCGAGCACGGCAUUCUCAUUUGUUUUCAAGAAGCAAAGUUAAGAUAGAGCUUGAAUACUGCACCAAAUGAACCUUGUACAUCACUUCCGAGUCGACAGCUGAUCAUGGAUGAUGCCAGGCUUAUAGUCAUUUUUGUCGAUAUUGUUUAAUUGAUCUUGAUUUGUUGAAACUUAUUCAGGGACUAUAGAUGCACAAAUAGCUUAGUUUUAGUAGGUACCAGAUGAGAUUGAACUUUGUUGCUCAAGGUAUUGAUUCUCUUGGUAAUUGUAAUAUAUGAUAAAUGUCAAAUUUGUUAUUCAUUGUGACUCAUAAAAUUGACUCUUGUGUAAUAAUAAACAGCAGAGCUUUAUAUAUGAAAAGAAUUCU